UAUGCACCUGUCUACAUUGCAGAACAUCAUACAAAGCUUCAGGAUGAUUCACUUUAUUGUAGGUCGAAACAAAUGGAAUAAUAUAUUGCAUUUAAUUUUCUUUUUCCAAAAUCCAAGAGAAAGCCCGUAAGGUGCCAGGUGCCUUUACAGACAUCAUCAAUCAUGCUGAGUACUUUUGACCAGAUUGGAAUCUGGCUCUUAACUGGCUUUCUGGCCAUUCUUACAAUCUUUUUCAAUAUCUAUAUCUUACUUGUGAACCAGCGAAACUGCAGAAAGAACCACUUACAUCUAUGCCCUGGUGACACUAUAAUGACUGGUAUAUCCAUGGCUAGUAUAAGUCAUCAAGUCCUCUCUUACUUGUGGAUGACAAUGGUUCAGGUGGACAUAAAUUGUAUGUAUGACACUGUGGAAGCCAUUCUAUUGGUGUUAGUUUUCUCCCUGAAGUUCUCAAUAAUGUGGACCACUGCCUUCCUUACCUUCUUUUAUAGCACCAAGCUUGUCAUCAAGCCUAUCCACUGCUACACACGCAUUCAGGAGGCUAUUCUAAAGCAUGUUCUCACUGUGGUGAUCGUAAUUUUUGUGUGUGGCUUUACGAAUUGUCUGCCACUUUUAACUACUGUGACAUUUCACAACAGCAGUGCUGAAAUUAUUGAAUGUGGUUCAAUCAUACCAGAUGGGGCUGUGGGAUUUGGCUACAUUAUUUAUCUUGUAGUCAGUGCGGACAUUAUUCCAGGUAUACUGAUGAUCAAAUGCAGUAUCUCCAUCUCAUAUCAUCUGUCUAUUCAUCUACGCCACAUGAAAGAAAGCACCAAUGGCACCCAUGCUCCGAAGCUAGGUACUCAGAUGAGGGUAAUCAGGAUGAACCUUACCUUGGUGGUGGUGUUCCUUUGUUUUCUUGUUGUAGAUAUUUUCACUCAGUCCACAGUAGUCUUGAGAAAGGAAAACACCAUGGGCUUAUCCAUUCUUUUCUCUACAAUUUACACUACUGUAAGUGGAUUUGUGCUGAUUUAUGGAAAAAAGAGCUUCUGGAAAGAGUUUCUUCAUUGGUAUAACCUCUUUUUAGAUGAGUACUCUUGUUUAAGUUGUAUGAAAGUACCAGAGAGUAAGACUGUGACACACACUGCUCCAAAGCACUGACUAUAGUUUAUAGGCACCCUAUACAUUCCUGUGAGUUUUAGAUAAAAUAAAAAACUUUAAUUUGCUGGUUCUAAUUUGCCAGUUUUUUUCUAUAAAUAGAUGAAUAUAUACACAUAUAUAUUCACAUAUUUAAAAAUACAAUACGACUAUGCAAUAUGUAACUAUACAAGAGUAGAAAAAAUUACAGUAUACGUAAUAUAUGCUAUUCAUUGUGUGUUUAGCAUGCUUAUGUUACACAUCUUACAGUGUGUCUAUGCAUAGUAAGAACAGAGUGCUAGUAUUCAUAUUUGGCAGAGAAAUGAAUAUAAUAUAAAAUGCUAAAGUAAUGAUGUAAGAAAACAUUGCUUUUUCAUGAUUUCCAUUGUUUAAAAAAAACUUAUUAUUCCUUUAUUGUUAAU